CUCUCUUUGUUAACAAUCUAUAUUAAUACUUAGCUUUGAUGUUAUGUUUUUUCGAACAUUUCUCGCCAGCUUUCCUUACUAGAUAUAUUUAGGGAGUUAUCAAAAUUACAAGUUACCAUUAUUAUGAGUUUCCACUUUCGAGUGGUUAACUUUAUACUGCUGCUGCUAACGACGGUGCUGGAGAUCCUGUCCCUGGCCUUUAUCAUCCGCAUCCUGGACACCCACUGCGUUCUCGGCGAGGAGUACGGGAUAUCGGUGUGGAUGUUAAUCUUUGUCAUGCCGCCCAUCGCCUUGCAGAGUUUGGUCCUUCUUCUUUUCCGGCUGUGCUGCACCACCGUGGGACUCGAUCCAAUUGCGAUGACGUUUAAUUUGGUUAGCGGCGUCGCCUGCAUAGUCGCCGGCCUCACUUUGCUCGUGGCCAUGAUCGAUCACUGUGGCAACGAGUUCGCACUCAUAUUCUACUUGUCCGGCGCCUUCGGCAUGAUUGCAGGGAUCCUGCACUUGGUGAACACCUGCAUCUGCAACGUUUACAUGCCCCGCGGCGAAUGGAAAUAUCUCAAACCCUCGAAAAGAAUGAAGAGAAAAGCUACAAAGAAAAAAGAUUUCAAUGGCGACUAAUGGGCAUCGGAGAAAGUCUUUAGAGGACUAUAAAUGUGUUAUAGAAUCUUUACACCGUUUUGGAAGUGCUUUUUAAUGUUUUUUUUUUUUUUUUAGCUUUUUCCAAAGUAUGUCUUAAAUUAUAUUUUCCUAUUGAUUAACGUAACUUCAACCGUUGGAAGUGCAACAGUUGAGCAGUAAAAUAAACGUUAUUGUAACUAAAUCGUAA